GAGCGGUUGAAAUAAGAGUGUACUGUGACUAUUCAGAGUGGAUCCCACUCAUUAUACUGAGACGGAAAUCAGCGAGUCAUUAGAGGAACGGCAGACGUUAUUGGAAGAGCUUAGAACCGAAUACGUAAAUCUUCUCGACAAAGAAAAGCCAGAUCUCAUCUUCCUACAGAACAAAGGUGACGCAGUUGAAGGAAUUACCCUUGCAGAGCUCCUACACAAGCAUGGCCCUUUUCCUUUGGAAGAGCACAUAGCUGCUAGUAUUCUUAAAAGCAUCAGCUCUGCUAUUAUGUUUCUUCACAGCCGCGAGAUCAUUCAUGGUGGGCUCGACUUCAACUCAAUCGUCGUUGAUUCCCAUUUCAAUGCGAAGACCAUUAUAACCACCACUGCUUACCGAGCAAGGCACUCAACCCAUGGUGCAAAAGCCAAAGUUGAGGACGUCUUCCACGUUGGACUGCUUCUCUAUCGUAUGAUAACUGGCAGAGAAGCAGAAUUUAACAAAGAGGGACAACUAAUUGGUGGACCAAGCCCUUAUUUGAGAAUCUCUGAAGAAGGAUUGAAGUUGGCUAAAUUUAUGUUAACGAAAAGUGUAAGGUAA